UCAGUGAGUUUGUGUGGCUGCGCGCUGCCCCUUCUCGCUCAGACUCUGAGAUUCCCGACGUGAUUCACACUCAAUUGCAAACACCGAACCGACCACCAGACAACAUGGCCUCUGGAGUCACAGUCAGUGAUGAAGUCAUUAAGGUUUUCAAUGAAAUGAAAGUAAGAAAAUCUUCAACAUCAGACGAAGUCAAAAGGAGAAAGAAGGCUGUGUUGUUCUGCCUCAGUGAUGACAAGAAAAAAAUUAUUGUUGAGACAAGGAAGGAAAUCUUGGUGGGUGACGUCGGUGAAUCUGUGGAUGACCCUUAUGCUUCCUUUGUGAAGUUGUUGCCUCUGAAUGACUGCCGAUAUGGCUUGUAUGAUGCCACGUAUGAGACAAAAGAAUCCAAGAAAGAAGAUUUGGUAUUUAUAUUUUGGGCCCCUGAAGGUGCCCCUCUAAAAAGCAAGAUGAUCUAUGCCAGCUCUAAAGAUGCCAUCAAAAAGAAGUUUACUGGUAUUAAACAUGAGUGGCAAGUAAACGGUUUAGACGACAUUCAGGAUCGUUCUACUCUUGCAGAUAAAUUAGGUGGGAACGUGGUAGUUUCACUUGAAGGAAGACCCUUGUAAACUGACAGACACGUGCCAUCUGGAUCCAAGGAGCUUCCUUUUUUGCAGCCCUGUUGAUAUCAUUUGGUCCUAUUGCAAUAGUUCUCAGUUGUUUUUUUUCUGUGUUUGUUUUUUUUCUCCCCACAUUCAUUAACCACCAGUGAUUACAAUUUAGACUGUUACUAGUGAUAGUUUUGUAAUUGUAGAAAAUGUGGCAAUUUAUAUUGGCUAGCUUAAAACACUUGGGAAAGUUUUUUUUUUUUUUUUUUUUUAAUGCCUUGAGAGUUUUUUCCAUUGCUCAGAAGGUAGUUAUUAUUCAGUAUUGACAAUUGCACUUGGUUGGUUUGAGGAGGUUCAUAAAAUUCAUAAACCUCCCCUGCCUCAGUAGCCCGGGUUUGUGAAACAGUAGAACAUAUUUUACACUAUGCAUCAGAGGCACUUUUAUGUAAAAUACAUUUUAUUUAGACACCUUACAAAGGAAUGCCAAUUGAGUUUCUGCAUUUGUCAUCUAGGGAUUUUAUUACUUCAGUUUUUAUUCCUGUUAUGCAUAUUUAAAAAAAAAAAAAUGUUCUGUUGCCUUGUUUGUUAUAAGUACACUACUGAAUAAGAAGGAUGGUGUCAAAGUUUACUGUGAUUUUUGCAACACGAAGGACAUAUAAAAUAGUCACAAUAGCAAUUUAUGUAUAAAUAGAGCCUUAAAUUGAACACUGUUUUUGAGAUCAGAAAAGUGGCCACGUUGCAAUAAACCUUGUGGCUGAUAACAGGAAGCAGACUUUUUCAUUUAUUGAAACAUUGUCAUAUUUUUAACUGCCCACUUUUUAGUGUUUACUUUGGAAUAUUUGAGUACAAGGUACAAUAUAAUACUGUAUGUUAAAUUAAUGAAUCCGUGGUAUCUCUGAUGUUUAACAUUGUUACAUUGCCAUUAUAGUAUGUUUUACUUUGUGGGAAUGGUUGUCUUCAUGCAAACAAAUAUUUUUUUAAGUGAGCAGAACAUACUGAAAAGAACAAAGUGUUGAUUGUAAAACCUGGCUAAUAUCAUUGCAUAACAUAAUUUUAAAAUUCCCCCUUUUAAAAUUGUUUUCUUAAAUUUCUGUAGUUCUUGCUUAAUAAUCAGUAUCUGCGUCACGAAAAUAACUGUUUAACUGCUCCUUUUUAGAACUGUUUCUAUCAAACAAGCAUGUCUAGCAUUAGCGUCUGGGCUUGGGUAGAAGCCAAAAGCUGGUCGUCGUAGAGAAUUUGAUCCGCACGCUGUGAGCAAUCCUCUGGUAGCCAAAGCUAUUUAUGGCAAACACAUGCUUUUGUAUCUUGUCAUCGUUGUCCACAAAUGGCAAAAAUUGGACAUGAUUCCAGAACUCUGCAAAAGGGAAGCCCCUGAUGGGCAUGCACAUACUAUGACUACAAAAGGCUUUCUACAUAUAAAUUAUUUCCUAUUGACUGACUAAAAAAUGUGUUAGUACCUGUGUUUAUUUUUUUCUUCAGCAUUGCUUAAGAACAGUAUAUUGAUUUCAAAUGUCCCAAGUGGUUGGAAUGAGGUUAGCUGUUGUGUAAUUAUUAAAGAAGUUCACAAAUAUUUAUGUUUACAUACAACCAGUGCUCAUCUAAUUGUCCAGUGAUAGAAACUGAUCUGUCUUGUGACCAUGAGCCUUCCAAAUUUUAUUGGAUUGCACCAUCAUUUUUUAAGCAUUGAGUUUACUCCUAUCAAUUAACUAUAAGGUACCUUAAAUGACAGUAAUUAAAAUCAUAAUUCAAUUAGAGAACUUUAUUAUGGACACAUUACACUUUUUAAAAUACAGAUGUUUAAAUUAUUAAGGAGCCUGUGAAGAUCAUGUAUAGUUUUGUAAAGUCACUUCU